AUGAAAGAACUAUUAUUACUUUGGAUCUAUUUGGAUUUGUUUCCACUUUUGAAUGCAGUUCAUUUUCUUGGUGGAACAAUCACAUGGAAACCUGUGAAUGCAUCCGCUACUGGAUCACCCAUUGCUGUUGCUAUUACUCAAACUUAUUCAUGGACAUACUCUUAUAUGUCAUGUAGUAAUAGUUUAAUAGGUUCAAGUGGUUACAUUCCAUCAUAUGCAGGUGUUUCUUCUGAAACUUUGGAUUGUAUUUCCAACUGUGGUUCGAGUUCAGCUGGUUAUUCGAAUAUUAGUGUUCUUCCUCGUUGUACUGACUUUUCUACUUCUGUCGACACUUCGGUUGCACAACGGACAGAUAUUGUUAAUCUAUCUGCAAACGAUGAUUUCUGGGUGGCGUUUCAAGACUCUUCUUGGCGUCCAUUACAAACAGCAUCUUCUGCAGAUUGGUCCAUAGCUGCACAUAUUAACUUGAAGAAAAGAUCAGAUACAGGUCUAUAUAACAAUGCACCUGUAGCUACGAUGAUGUCUCCUAUCAAUAUUCCUCAAAAUACUCAAACAGUUAUUCAGAUUCCUGUUGGUGAUGCUGAUGGUGAUGAUCUUCGAUGUCGAUGGUCAACAAAAAGUGGUGGAGUUGAUGAAUGUGGAGAUGUUUGUCCACCUGGUUCACUUCCAUCAGGUACCGUGAUCUAUCCUAAUUGUACAAUGAUCAUUACAGGUACAAUACUGGAUUCUUGGUAUGCUGUCACAGUCAUGGUCGAAGAUUUCACGAGUACAUCCAGUUCAACUCCAUUGAGUUCAGUACCUGUUCAAUUUCUUGUUCAUGUUGUUGCACCACCAACAUGUCCAACACCACCAGAAAUCAUUGGUAUACCAGAAGAACAAUCUUGUAUCGCCAUUGGUGUUGGUCAAACUUUUCUAUCACAAAUCUUUGCAGUAAAUUAUUGUCCUUCACCUGUUGUCAUUCAAGAUAUUGCCACGCUUUCAUUUACAAAUAUGAUUAAAGGAAAUCUUGUGAAUGUGAAUUCAUCGUUGUAUUAUAAAAAUUUGACAUGGACACCAACUAGUGCACAACUGGGUUAUCAAGUGAUGUGUGCCAUGGCAUUCGAUAGCAAAAAUUCUCAAUCAGCACAGUAUUGUUUCAAGCUCUUUGUAACAGACAAUCCUAUAUGUGCGUGUCCAGGGGAACCGUGCCUUACAACAACAAGUACAACUUCAACAUCGGAAACCACAACAACGAGUAUUUUGUCAACUUCAACGAGUACAUCAGCCACAAGUACAAUAUUCACUUCAACAACAAGUGCUACGACAACUACAACGACGACACCCACAACAUCUGUAACUAUGACGACCGAAACAACAAGUACCACACGUACAACGGCUAUUACAUCAACAAUUUCAUCAAUUUUCAUGACAAAUACAACAUCGACAACAAAAUCAAAAGAAAACCCGAAAGAAAAAGAUUGGCCUUGGAUUGAAAGUAUUUUUACGAUUUUAACUUCAGCUGGUAUAAUCGUCCUUUGUUUUUUCUGUUUCCAUUAUUGUUGUUCACUUGGAAAUCGUUUAUAUGGAUUUGAAAUUGAAAAUGAAAAUAUUGAAAUGUUUCAUAUUGCUCAAUGUAAUAAAUCGAAUUGUUCUUUCACAAAUAUACAUAUCAAUACUAGUGACUAUUGGUGAAAAUUAUUUUCAUAAUGUCGAAUAGAAUGAUAUGUUGUUGGUCAACUCGAAUUGUCGCGUGUAUUGAUUAGAAUAUUCGUGUAAUCAACUUUUAUUUUUUCCUUUUUUUUUCUGCUUUUUGUUUUGUGUUUGUGACGAUUUCUGAUGGAAGAGAUGUAUAUCCCGAUGGAACCAUGUCUUUUUUUAUUUCUUUCUAUCAUCAAUCGCAUUGUUCGAAUACAGAACACACGUUUAUAUAUCCCUCUCUCGAUAGAAAGGAAGGAAGGAUAAUG